GUGGUGUCCUCUGGCAGCCAAGUCCAAAUUUUGGAUGUCUCAAAGGUACUGCUGAGCAGUGGAUCUGUAAGAUGCUGUUCAACCUGAGGUUGGAGCUCUGAGAUCUGUCAUAGGAAUAACCCCAGAAGGACUAAAGCCUUCAUUUCACAUUUGAAUUUUACCUCAUAUGAGGACAGCUUCAUGUAUAGGAAAUUUCAAAAGAUGAGUCACUUCCUUGUUGCAUUGUGUAGGGAAGAGUACAAGACAUGCCUUCAAAAGUAAAAUUAUGCGGAAGAAUGUUAAUUUUUUUCAAGUUGGCUUUGCCCAACUGGAUAACAUAAGCUAUUACUGUUCAGCUCGGAGCCUGGAAAUGAGAGGAAAUGCCUUUCAGACAGAAAAACGCAAAAUCAGUUUAUUGCAGCAGAUGGUUCAAACAGUGGAGCUGAAGAGUAAUUGGAUCAGCUGUAGCAGUUAUUUCACAUGUGAUAGCACCAGCAAAUGGUGCAUCCUGCUGCCCCGCCUCUAAUGGAUUUUUAUUGAUUUUUGCUGUGUCCAAGCUGAGUGGUAGCAUCAGGAAGUAGGAUGUACCUAAGCUGAAUUCAAAGUUCCCUUCAUGUGUGGAGAAGUUCCUUCUGUCUCUGCCACCCAAAGAAUUACUGGGUAUAGCUGACAGCACCUUAAAUCCUCCUGCUCUGGAAGGACUACUUGAAACCUUCAAAAAUUUGGAAGAUCUAUCCUGUUCCAUCACUAUCUCCUGGGACUAGUUGCAUGUUCUGCUUUUCGGUCAAAGAGGAAAUAUGCCAGAGAGAAGUCAAAGAACAGUAUGACUAUUAAGAUUACUGUGACCUUGACCUACUCAGUGUUCAUAGAGCACAAGAAAUUGGCCAGGUGGACAUCAAGCUCUUUCAGCGUCUUUUCUAAAAUGGAUUUCUUCUCUGCUCCUUGUCUGAGGUAUUAGUCCUACAGCACUGAAAUGUCAAAAUACAUUCGGAAAAAGAAAUUAUCUUUUUAGCAUAUACAAAUGUUUGCUGGCAAAAUUUCAGUACAUAAAUCUAAAGGGAAGUAUUUCUCCAGUUUUCACCUGCCUGCAAUUUAAGGGAUAGAAUAGAAUAGAAUAAAUCACUGGAAACUCACCAGCACCUUAAAAGAAAGAAAAAAAAAGUAUUUUCCUAUGCAGAAGAAUAAAUGGUAAUUAAAAUGUGCAGGAUGAAAAGAUGGAGCAGCCAGUGCUUGUACCACCAGGACCAGACAGCUUCCAAUACUUCACUAGGGAGUCUCUUGCAGCUAUUGAACAACGCAUUGCUGCAGAAAAAGCUAAGAAUUCUAAACAAGAUCGUAAAGACAACGAUGAUGAAAAUGGGCCAAAGCCAAACAGUGAUUUGGAGGCAGGAAAAACACUUCCAUUUAUAUAUGGUGACAUUCCUCCAGGAAUGGUGUCUGAGCCCUUGGAAGAUAUGGACCCAUAUUAUAUCAACAAAAAAACUUUUAUAGUAUUGAAUAAAGGGAAGGCAAUCUUCCGAUUCAGUGCCACCUCCGCCCUGUACAUUUUAACUCCAUUCAAUCCUCUUAGAAAAAUAGCUAUUAAAAUUUUGGUACAUUCAUUAUUCAGCAUGCUUAUUAUGUGCACUAUUUUGACCAACUGUGUGUUUAUGACCAUGAGUAACCCUCCGGACUGGACCAAGAAUGUAGAGUACACCUUCACUGGAAUAUAUACGUUUGAGUCACUUAUAAAAAUUAUUGCAAGGGGCUUUUGCUUAGAAGAUUUUACUUUUCUUCGAGAUCCAUGGAACUGGCUCGAUUUCACUGUCAUUACCUUUGCAUAUGUGACAGAGUUUGUGGACCUGGGCAAUGUCUCAGCGUUGAGAACAUUCAGAGUUCUCCGAGCUUUGAAAACAAUUUCAGUCAUUCCAGGCUUGAAGACUAUUGUGGGAGCCCUAAUUCAGUCUGUGAAGAAGCUCUCGGAUGUUAUGAUCCUGACUGUGUUUUGUCUGAGUGUAUUUGCACUAAUAGGGCUGCAGCUGUUCAUGGGCAACUUGAGGAAUAAAUGUCUGCAGUGGCCUCCAGAAAAUUUCACUCUGGAAACAAAUAUCACUUCCGAGCUCAACAGCACCAUUGGUGAAAAUGGUACACUGGUUAAUUCAACAGUGACUCCAUUUGACUGGAAGGGGUACAUUGAGGAUGAAAGUCAUUUUUAUUUUCUGGAAGGGCAAAGUGAUGCUCUCCUUUGUGGAAACAGUUCUGAUGCUGGGCAGUGCCCAGAAGGUUACACGUGUGUGAAAGCUGGUAGAAACCCCAAUUAUGGCUACACAAGUUUUGACACUUUCAGCUGGGCUUUCUUGUCACUGUUUCGUUUGAUGACCCAAGACUUCUGGGAAAAUCUUUAUCAACUGACACUACGUGCUGCUGGGAAAACAUACAUGAUAUUUUUCGUUUUGGUGAUUUUUCUGGGCUCGUUCUAUCUGAUCAACUUGAUCCUGGCUGUGGUUGCCAUGGCCUAUGAAGAGCAGAACCAAGCAACCCUUGAAGAAGCAGAGCAGAAAGAGGCAGAAUUUCAACAAAUGCUGGAACAGCUAAAGAAACAGCAAGAAGCAGCUCAGGCAGCAGCGGUGGCAGCGGUGGCAGUUACAGCAUCCGCAGAGUCCAGGGAACCCAGCGCUGCGGGAGGAGCAGGUGGGCUUUCAGAAAGUUCCUCAGAGGCUUCCAAAUUGAGCUCAAAGAGUGCCAAAGAGAGGAGAAAUAGAAGGAAAAAAAGAAAACAGAAAGAACAGUCUGGAGGAGAGGAAAAAGAUGAAGAUGAAUUUCACAAGUCUGAAUCAGAAGACAGCAUCAGAAGAAAAGGUUUCCGGUUAUCUAUUGAAGGCAAUAGACUGACAUAUGAAAAGAAAUACUCUUCUCCACAUCAGUCUUUGCUGAGCAUUCGUGGCUCCCUGUUUUCCCCAAGGCGCAACAGCAGAACCAGUCUUUUCAGCUUCAGAGGUAGAGCAAAGGAUAUAGGAUCUGAAAAUGACUUUGCUGAUGAUGAGCACAGCACUUUUGAAGACAAUGAUAGCAGAAGAGAUUCUCUCUUUGUGCCGCGCAGACACGGUGAACGGCGCAACAGUAACAUUAGUCAGGCCAGUAGGUCAUCCAGGAUGCUGGCAGUGUUUCCAGUGAAUGGGAAGAUGCACAGCACUGUGGAUUGCAAUGGGGUGGUUUCCCUGGUUGGUGGACCAUCUGUUCCUACAUCGCCUGUUGGACAGCUUCUGCCAGAGGUGAUAAUAGAUAAACCAGCUACUGAUGACAAUGGCACCACUACAGAGACAGAAAUGAGGAAGAGAGUAUCAGGCUCUUUCCAUGUUUCUAUGGACUAUCUGGAAGAUCCAGCUUUAAGAGAGAGAGCAAUGAGCAUUGCUAGCAUCCUUACGAACACUGUGGAAGAACUCGAAGAAUCAAGACAGAAAUGCCCACCAUGUUGGUAUAAAUUUGCAAAUAUCUUCUUGAUCUGGGACUGCAGUCCUCAUUGGUUGAAAGUAAAGCAUAUUGUCAACUUAGUUGUAAUGGAUCCAUUUGUUGACCUGGCUAUUACAAUUUGCAUUGUUUUAAAUACACUCUUUAUGGCCAUGGAGCAUUAUCCGAUGACUGAUGAAUUCAAUAACGUACUUUCAGUUGGAAAUCUGGUCUUCACUGGAAUCUUCACAGCAGAGAUGUUUCUCAAGAUAAUUGCAAUGGAUCCUUACUAUUAUUUUCAAGAAGGCUGGAAUAUUUUUGAUGGAUUUAUUGUAACCCUUAGCUUGGUUGAGCUUGGUCUUGCAGAUGUGGAAGGACUCUCAGUUCUUCGAUCAUUCAGAUUGUUACGAGUCUUCAAAUUAGCAAAAUCUUGGCCAACUCUAAAUAUGCUGAUUAAGAUUAUUGGCAACUCAGUGGGGGCUCUGGGAAAUUUGACCCUGGUGCUGGCCAUCAUUGUGUUCAUUUUUGCUGUUGUUGGGAUGCAGCUGUUUGGGAAAAACUAUAAGGAAUGUGUCUGCAAAAUUGCAAGUGAUUGUGUACUUCCACGAUGGCACAUGCAAGAUUUUUUUCACUCUUUUUUGAUCGUAUUCCGAGUACUGUGUGGAGAAUGGAUAGAAACGAUGUGGGACUGCAUGGAGGUUGCUGGCCAAGCAAUGUGCCUUACUGUCUUCAUGAUGGUCAUGGUGAUUGGAAACCUAGUGGUACUGAACUUAUUUUUGGCCUUGCUGUUGAGCUCAUUUAGUGCUGACAACCUUGCUGUGACAGAUGAUGAUAAUGAAAUGAACAAUCUCCAAAUUGCUGUAGCAAGAAUGCAGAAGGGCAUAGACUAUGUGAAAAGAAAAGCGCGUGAAUUCAUCCAGAAGGCUUUUGUUAAAAAACAAAAAGCUUUAGAUGAAAUCAAACCACUUGAAGAUUUGAACAACAAAAACAGUUGUAUUUCCAACCAUACUGCAGAAUUAAGCAAGGACCAUGAUUACAUUAAAGAUGUGAACGGAACAACUAGUGGCAUAGGCACAGGCAGCAGUGUGGAGAAAUACAUAAUUGAUGAAAGUGAUUAUAUGUCAUUCAUAAACAACCCAAGCCUGACUGUGACAGUGCCCAUUGCUGUGGGUGAAUCUGACUUUGAAAAUUUAAAUACAGAGGAGUUUAGUAGUGAAUCAGACCUAGAAGAGAGCAAAGAGAAGCUAAAUAUGUCCAGUUCAUCUGAAGGCAGCACAGUUGACAUUGGACUUCCUGCAGAAGAGCAACCAGAAGCUGAACCUGAGGAAUCCAUGGAGCCAGAGGCCUGCUUCACCGAAGGCUGUGUACGGAGGUUCAAGUGCUGUCAAGUAAGCAUAGAAGAAGGGAGAGGAAAGCAGUGGUGGAACCUUAGAAAAACAUGCUUCAGAAUUGUUGAACACAACUGGUUUGAGACUUUCAUUGUCUUUAUGAUUCUCCUCAGCAGUGGAGCUCUGGCUUUUGAAGAUAUAUAUAUUGAACAGCGCAAAACUAUCAAGACCAUGCUGGAAUAUGCUGACAAAGUCUUCACUUACAUCUUCAUUCUGGAAAUGCUGCUGAAGUGGGUGGCCUAUGGCUAUCAAACAUACUUUACUAAUGCCUGGUGCUGGCUGGACUUCCUGAUUGUUGAUGUCUCUUUGGUUAGCUUAACAGCAAAUGCAUUGGGUUACUCUGAACUUGGUGCCAUUAAGUCCCUUAGGACACUAAGAGCUUUGAGACCUCUAAGAGCCUUGUCACGAUUUGAAGGCAUGAGGGUGGUUGUGAAUGCCCUUUUAGGAGCAAUUCCAUCCAUCAUGAACGUGCUUCUCGUUUGUCUUAUAUUCUGGCUAAUUUUCAGCAUCAUGGGAGUAAAUCUGUUUGCUGGGAAGUUCUACUACUGUGUUAACACCACAACUGAUGAAAGGUUUGAAGUCGACCAAAUCAACAAUUUUAGUCAGUGCGAGGAACUCAUAAAAAACAAUCAAAGUGCCCGAUGGAAAAACGUGAAAGUAAACUUUGAUAAUGUAGGAUUUGGGUAUCUUUCUUUGCUUCAAGUAGCUACAUUUAAAGGCUGGAUGGAUAUUAUGUAUGCAGCUAUUGACUCAAGAGACGUGUUACAGCAACCCAAGUAUGAAGACAACCUGUACAUGUAUUUGUAUUUUGUCAUCUUUAUCAUUUUUGGGUCUUUUUUCACCCUGAAUCUGUUCAUUGGUGUCAUCAUUGAUAACUUCAAUCAGCAGAAAAAGAAGUUUGGAGGUCAAGACAUAUUUAUGACAGAAGAGCAGAAGAAAUACUACAAUGCAAUGAAAAAGCUGGGAUCCAAAAAACCACAAAAGCCUAUACCAAGACCAGGGAACAAGUUUCAAGGCAUGGUCUUUGAUUUUGUGACACAGCAAGUAUUCGACAUUAGCAUCAUGAUUCUUAUCUGUCUUAACAUGGUUACCAUGAUGGUAGAAACUGAUGACCAGAGUAAAGAAAUGGAAAAUAUUUUAUACUGGAUAAACUUGGUGUUCAUUGUCCUUUUCACUGGAGAAUGUGUCCUGAAAUUAAUUUCACUCCGCCAUUAUUAUUUCACUAUAGGCUGGAAUAUUUUUGAUUUUGUAGUUGUCAUUCUCUCAAUAGUAGGUAUGUUCUUAGCUGAGAUGAUUGAGAAAUAUUUUGUGUCCCCUACUUUGUUCCGAGUCAUCCGACUUGCCAGAAUAGGCCGCAUUCUGCGUCUCAUUAAAGGCGCAAAGGGAAUCCGCACUCUGCUUUUCGCUCUGAUGAUGUCUCUUCCUGCUUUGUUCAACAUUGGCCUGCUGCUCUUCUUGGUCAUGUUUAUCUAUGCGAUAUUUGGCAUGUCCAACUUUGCCUACGUUAAGAGGGAAGCUGGGAUUGAUGACAUGUUCAACUUUGAAACAUUUGGCAACAGCAUGAUCUGCCUAUUUCAAAUUACCACAUCUGCUGGCUGGGAUGGCUUGUUAGCCCCAAUUCUUAACAGUGGGGAGCCGGACUGUGACCCUAACAAAGCUCACCCAGGGAGCUCUGUUAAAGGCGACUGUGGCAACCCUUCGGUUGGGAUUUUCUUCUUUGUCAGCUACAUCAUCAUAUCCUUUUUGGUGGUGGUGAACAUGUACAUUGCUGUCAUUCUGGAGAAUUUUGGUGUUGCAACUGAAGAAAGUGCUGAGCCCUUGAGUGAGGAUGACUUUGAGAUGUUCUAUGAGGUCUGGGAGAAGUUUGAUCCAGAUGCAACACAAUUCAUGGAAUUUGAGAAGUUGUCUGAUUUUGCAGCAGCUCUUGAGCCUCCUCUUCACCUUCCCAAACCAAACAAGGUCCAGCUGAUUGCAAUGGAUCUGCCCAUGGUAAGCGGUGACAGAAUUCACUGCCUUGACAUCUUGUUUGCUUUCACAAAACGUGUGUUAGGGGAAAGUGGGGAGAUGGAUGCCCUCAGAAUACAGAUGGAAGACCGAUUUAUGGCAUCAAAUCCUUCUAAGGCUUCCUAUGAACCAAUUACAACAACAUUAAAAAGAAAACAAGAAGAAGUAUCUGCUGUCAUUAUUCAACGUGCUUUUAGACGCCACCUUUUAAAACGAACAGUAAAACAAGCCUCCUUUAUCUAUAACAAAAACAAAACUGAAGGAGGGGCUGGUCUGGGCAUUAAAGAUGAAAUCCUUAUGGACAAGUUAAAUGAAAACUCAUUUACAGAAAAGACUGAUAUAACUGCAUCAACAGCAGUUUGUCCACCUUCUUAUGAUCGUGUAACAAGGGCAGUCAAAGAAAAGCACGAAAAGGAAGACAAAGAUGUUCAUAAAUAAAAAUAAAUAGCAAGCAAAAUCAUCUAUGUGCAAAGUAGUUCAUAGCCUGCAAAGGUCAUGUGUUUGUGUCAACAGGACUCCUGCUGGAGGUCUAUGCCAAACUGACAAUUUUUACAAACAUACUAUACAUUAAAGGUCAGUGCCUAUUAAAAGACAGCGACCCCUCGUCAGUAACUGUGACUGUGACAUGGGGAAAUAACCUUGACAGGAUUUAACUGUUCUCACUACCAGCUGACACUGCUGAAGAGGAGAGAAAAAAUGGCUACUCAGGCUGUAGGGACCAGCUAAGGGGUGCAGUCCAAGUUCUAGUUGUGUGUUUAGCGUAAAACAAUACAAUAACUGUAUCCACUGUUUGCAUUUCAACUGCCACAUACAUCAUAUUUUUACAAAUCUGUGUUGGUGGAUUCAUCUUUUCUUUAUUCAUAUGUUGUUUAUUAUAUGUGACUAUUUUUGUAAAUGGGUCUUCUGUUGGGAAAGGGGGUCAAGCACUACUUUACAGGUAUAAGAGCCAGGUGUUCUACUAUGCGACUAAUAUACACACAGAAAUGAUUUGCAUGAAGGCAUGCUGCACUUAUAGAUCAUGCAUGAAAAUAACAUUAAGUCACAAAGAACAACUGAUUUUAGCUCAGUGUUUCUGGGAAGGAAUAAUAAAUUCUGAGGUGCUUAAUUAAUGUAUUCAUGUUGUAUCGCGUCUGAACCAGUCUUGGUAUGCCUGUAAAGUCCCCUGUAACUCACAAAAACAGUAAAAACAGAUAUUUAUUUCUGUAUGUAUUUAUUUAUUUAAUUUGCACAGACCAUUAAGUUUCAGAAAGUACAAAUUUCUUUCUGGGUCUGGAGUCACAGAUUCUGUCUUUGUCAAAUGUCCUUCUGCAUAAGAACAUGAAAUGAACCUGCCCAAACUGCCAAAUUGAUCAGAAGGAGCCCUUAAUAAUGUUGUUCUGCUUUAUCCUGCAGUAUUGUUUAGCCAUCUUCAGCUCUUGGUAAGGUUGAUGUUGUAUGUUAAUGAAAAGCCCUCUGCUAUGUAAAUAGUAAUUUUUAACCUGUGGUGCAUGUUUGAGCAAACAGAUAAUGACCUGAGCACAUUUAUUGCAUCAAAUAUGUACCACAAUAAGUGUAAUGUGCAAGCUUUCAACAGGUAAAAUUAUGUAUUAUCUACCAUUAUAGAUAGUUUGGAUGCUACCAAUGCAUGUUUAUACUGCCUAUGCUGCUGUUCCUUUGACUGUCUGGGUUUCUUAAAAAUGGGAAGCCAUACAUCAGAGCUAAAUGAAGUAAACUGUUCAACAAGACCUCAUUCCUCUAUACCAUUAAGCAAUAUUUUGCAGCUACUUAGGAGCUUAUUUGAUUUACAUUUUUGAAUUUUCAGCGAAAAGCAUAUAGUGUAUAUCCAAACUGUACAGAUGUUGAAAACUACUAGACCUGUUGAAAAUAAUGUUAGAAUUUUAUAAGCAAAGCAAAUAUAAAUACUGUAAAAAUCAUUUUGUUUUCUUUUUCAGCAUUAUGUACAUACAACAAGAACUGAAUUUUAUCUUCAGGUUGACUCCACACCAUUUCUUUUUACUUUCUGUCCACAGCACUUUUUCACAGAAGUACUCCAGAGAACAUGAUAUGACUAAGAGAACAGAUAGCUGUAGGUCUUAUUUUUUACUAUACUUGCAAACUUGUCAAUUCUUUAUGCAAAAUAAGUUCAUAAUUUGCUUUUAAAAUUCUAGUUAAUUGGUUUGGGGUGUUUUUUUUGUUUUUUUUUUUAAUGGUUGGUUGGUUUUGUUUCUUUGUUUGUUUUUGAAGUUGGAAAAAGAUGUAAAGUGUUAAUUGAAUGUCUAAGCAGUGCCUGCAUAACAGAUUUUCAAAUACACUCUUCCCUUCACAGAAUCCUUAGUUUUUUUUUCCUCAUAUUUACACAGUUUUUAAAAAUAUUAUUCAUACUGCAGUUCUAAAUGUUAUCAUGGGUCCACAGUGUUUUUUUCCACAAAGAGAACGUAGCAGAACCAUAUAAUCAAACACAUCAGGACAUUUUAUGUUUCUUACACAGGAAAAUUAAAUAUAGAUUACUUUUAUUAAAAUUAUUGGCAAAUACUAUAUUAGUGAACUGCAUGCAGGAAAAUGCUACUAUUACCCUAACUGAAGCUAAAUAACAUUAUUAAUGUGCCGAAAUAAUAAAGAUUACAUUUUUUAUUGUA